GGUAUUUCUUCCAACACACAUCUUUCUCAAGGACUUUCAUGCUUCUCAAUCCACAUUUGUGGUAACUCUAUAGAGCUAAAAGAGUAGAAGAAAACAUAUAGCCCAAAAUGACUCAAAAGAUUAUUUAAAGGAAAACAGGAUGGGAAACUGACGUCAGCAGUGUUGGGUCACUUGGUAGAGGACACUCUGUUUUCCUGGCAGUGUGUCAGACAGGAUGUGAACAACUGGAUAAUUUUUUGGAAUUUAAGAAGAUUUUCUGUUUUAUAUACAGUACUUUCUGUUGAAUUAAAUAUUUAUUCCUCCCUUAAGAAUGUUCUGAUCAGUGGUUUUAAAUUAAGGGAUUUAUUUUACUUGUAAUAUUGGGAGAACACAGGGAGUCCAAAUGAAGAACAAGGCUGCUAAGCAGAAAUCUAAGAGGAAACUAAAUGUGGGUGCUUUCGGCUGUGACUUGACAGAGCAUCUUCAAAACUCAGGAAAGGAUGUUCCUCAAGUUCUAAAGACCUGCGCAGAAUUUAUUGAGAAACAUGGUAUCGUGGAUGGAAUAUACAGACUCUCAGGGAUCACCUCAAAUAUCCAGCGUCUCAGGCAGGAGUUUUGCUCUGAGCUGAGUCCUGAACUGACAAGGGAGAUUUAUCUACAGGACAUUCACUGUGUGGGGUCAUUAUGCAAGCUCUACUUCAGGGAACUUCCAAAUCCCCUUCUAACCUUUGAACUCUACAAGAAAUUUAUGGAUGCAGUCUCAGUUCAAGAGGAGCAUGUUCAGUUAGAGCACAUUCAGAAUGUCAUCAAUGAACUUCCACCUCCUCACUACAGGACUCUGGAAUAUCUCGUCAAACACCUUGUGUACAUGGCCACCUUCAGUUCCCAAACUAAUAUGCAUGCUAGGAACCUGGCAUUAGUAUGGGCACCAAACCUACUGCGAUCUAAAGAAACUGAGUUGCACGCUUGCAAUGGGGACACUGCUUUUCUGGAGGUCAGAGUGCAGCAGAUAGUGGUGGAGUUCAUCUUGAAUCACGUGGAACAGAUCUUCAACUGUGGAGUUUUUUCAUCCUUACAGACCGAAGGGCUGAGCUUAGUGUGUGAAGCAAAGUGUGCCACCCUCCCUACCAGCAGCCAAUGUACUUCCAUGAAGCUGAUGAGCCUGGAAGAGGCCCAGGCCCGUUCCAUUGACCAGAGACACCCAGCCCACAGGGAUCAUCAGUUGGAGAACAGUGCACCUGACACAAGCAAUGCAGCCCUUUAUCACACAAUCAUUGACCUGCCUGACAGCCGGAUGUUUUCUGGAAAGUCAAAAAAGUGGAAGUCCAUCUUUAACCUGGGCAGAUCUGUGACUGAUUCAAAGGGAAAACAGAGUCGAAGUGCCAGUGUGUUUGUGAAGGCACAGACAAUAUCAGAGAGAGAUCCUUUUCGGACAAGGAAAAGUAUGGACUCCCUCUGUUCAUUUUCUGUGGAAGACACUGAUCAUGAAGUGAAACAACCAAGUGGAGGAAAUGACUUAUUUAUGCCAGUCUUCAAAUCCUGUACACUGGGCUCUUCUGGGACGACCUACAAACUAAAUGAGAAGGACCAUGAAUUUGGGGUAACAGGGGGCAGCCCUUGCACAAGCAGAGCAGCCAGAAAGAGUGGUGGACCCCCACUACAUAAAGCUCUGCCAGAACAAAUGAAAGUUUUCAAAGGUGAUGACAGCAACUGCCAGCCAACUUCUCCAGUAAAUGGAAGGAUGCUGUAUACCAGCAGCACUAACAAUUCCUCUAAGCUGGCCUUCCCGGGUAGCCUUUUCCCACCAGAAUCUUCCCCUCGGCAUUACCACAAAGCCCUAAACAUCUCAGAACCUUUUGCUGUGUCUGUUCCCCUGAGAGUGUCGGCUGUCAUAAAUAGCAACAGCACCCCCUGUAGGGCACAAGACAAAGAUGAGGCUGCUUUGCUUUUCCAAAAACCUAACAGGAAAGCCUCUGUGACACGGCAGGACAACAAUGGAAGAAACAGGAGUGUAUGCAGUAAUGCCAGUUCUCUCAACUAUAUCACAUUGGGACAAUAUGACUUACAGGCAACAGCAAAGAGCACCAGAUCUGGCACCAGUCUUGAGCCAACAGAAGGUCAUGAUACAGAGCAAAAAGAAUGCAUUGGCACAGUGUUGCUCAACUCUGAGGAGGAACUUAAUGAACUUUCUGGACCUCUACCUACCCCAUACCUGCACUUUGUGCAACCAACCUCGACAACAACAUCUGGAGACCCAGAAACAAGACAGAGUACCCUGACACCCAUACAGCUUAGGACUCCACAUGCAAUGCAGUCUUCAAUGCCUCUGACACAACUGCAGAACCAGCUGAAACAACACCAAGAUCUUGAAGAAUUGACUCAGGGCAAGAAAUGUAUUGAGGAAGAAAAUGGGCCUUGGCCCAUUCUUCACCUUGUUACGAAAAUCAUUGAGCCUGACAUUACAAAGGAUAAAACUGAGUCUACCUACAAAGCUGGGGAACUAACAAAAACAACUGGAAACCAUGGCAAGCAAAAGUGCACAGGAGCUAUCUUCAGUGGUGAAAAGAAUGACCUCAGGAAUAUCGUUGUCACAAAGCCAAUGGAAGAAAGACAAAAAUCCCUGGAUCUACCAGAUAAAGUUGACGAGAACACUUGGCAGAGAAAUUCAGAGGAUUCAGAGCAGGUAGAGCCCUGGGAAGACUGCAGUACCACAAAACAAUGGGUGACUAGCCCACUCCAUUCCCUUAAAACAUUUGAUUUUUUAUUAAAAUCAGAAGAACUGACUUUAUGUUUAAUGGGAGACAUCAACAAAGGAAAAGAUAUUGUUGACAGCUUCAAUACUAGUAUGAGAACUGUGCCAUCUGUUAGAAAAAUUGUUCAUAAAUGUCCGAACUUAAAAGGGCAAAGUGUGGAAAAUCUACAGAACCCGGAAAACAGAGCUGAAGCAAAAUCUGUAGGAAGACUGACAAAAACUCUAGAACAAAAAAGUAAUCAUUCUUUUCUAAAGCCCAAAAAGCAAAAAUCUCAAGAUACAUUAGAUUUUGAAAAAAUAAAAGAAACAACUCCUCUAAAGCACAAGAGACCCUAUUCCCUGAACUUGGAUCAGGGAAUGUCACACAUAGAAAAGUUAGGUCAGCAUGCAUUUCCAGAUAUUUUUUUGAACAAAAGAGCGUCAAUAGCGAUAGUUGAGACCAAAUACAACCGUUCAUCUUUUGAGCUAGAAAUGUUUCUGACUGAUCGUCAAACUGCCAUGCGUCGCAACUCUGCUCCCAUCAGUGUGUCCUCUAUUAGAACAUCUUUCAUAGUUAAGACUUGCCAGGCUAAAUCAGUUCCAGUGAUAGCUCCAAAGAUGCAGUACUGCCAAAUACCUCAAGCCCUUCAGUUGAAAAAGCCAGAGUCAUCGCAGGAGAAUGAACAAGAAAACUUGUUUGCAGGCAGCAGAAUGGGAGUGCUACACUCUCGCCCAGCUUUAACCUCUAAUGAGAUGGAAUUUGAUAAACCAUUGUCCAAGAUACACAGGCAUGUAAAAACAUGCAAUUCCUUUGAGAUGUGUAAGGCCACAUUCCCAGCAGACAAACCUGUGUUAAGAUGGAAACCUGAUUCCAAAGAGGAGGCCUCCAACAACUCUGCUAGAUGUGAAAAAUCCACAACACUACAGAGACAAUCCCUCAGGACUAGGCCAAAUAGACCACAAAGUCUCAUUCUGUUCAGCGCUCUCUUUCCCUUCACAGAUCACCCACCAUUAGGAGAUAGUGAUAAGCUUCCCCUGUCAUCAAUCAAAAAUAACUCUGAGACCACAGCAUCUCAAUGUUCCUUUAACAAAGAAGCAGAUGGCAACGUCAAAAACCCAGAUGUUGUGACACUGCACAGUAAACUGACGAUGCCUAAGAGUGGGCAGAGGUUAGAGACUUCAAUGAGUUGUUUUUAUCAGCCACACAGGAGGUCUAUGAUAUCUGAUAGCAAAAGUAACAGGCAGAUUGAUUGAUCUGCUGACGAUACGAAUAGCACUUUUGAGAAAUUUCCAAGGGACAAUAUCAUCCAUAUAAUCUUGUUUUGUUCGUCUCACUCUCAGUUAAGGUUUCGUCAAGACGGAACCUUGAAAUGAAAGCAGAUUUCAGAACAGUAUAAAAAGUAACUUAAACGUCAGAUUUUUUUAGUAAA